AUGUGCCUCUGCCCGGAGUCCAGCCCGAUGUGCCUCUGCCCGGAGUCCAGCCCGAUGUGCCUCUGCCCGGAGUCCAGCCCGAUGUGCCUCUGCCCGGAGUCCAGCCCGAUGUGCCUCUGCCCGGAGUCCAGCCCGAUGUGCCUCUGCCCGGAGUCCAGCCCGAUGUGCCUCUGCCCGGAGUCCAGCCCGAUGUGCCUCUGCCCGGAGUCCAGCCCGAUGUGCCUCUGCCCGGAGUCCAGCCCGAUGUGCCUCUGCCCGAUGUGCCGCUGCCCGGAGUCCUGCCCAGUGUGCCGCUGCCCGGAGUCCUGCCCGGUGUGCCGCUGCCCGGAGUCCCGCCCGAUGUGCCAGUCUUUG